AUGGGCUAUGAUUUGGGGCGCAAAUGGGCUACGAUAAAUGGGUUCGGGCGCAAAUGGGUUGCGCCGAAAGAGAUAUUCGAUGAAGUGAGCCGCAUAACGCGUGGUCAUCUGGUGCGUGUGAUCACGUACAAGAACUUCAACGACCCGUCGAUGCACCGGGGCUUCUGCUUCCUGGACUACGGGUCGGUGGCCACGGCUACGGACGCCAAGCGGGCACUGUCGAAGCAAAAGGUUUUCGGGUGCAAGACGAAGGUGGACUGGGCGGACCCGGAACCGCAGGUUGACGCGGACACGAUGGCUAAGGUGCGCAUACUGUUCGUCAAGCAGUGCGGCGGCGUGCUGGACGAACACGUGGUAACCAAGAUGUUUGGCCGGUACGGGGUCGUGGAGCGCGUGAAGAACUUAAAGAACUACGCGUUCGUGCACUUUGAGCGGCGUGAGGAUGCGCAGUCGGCCAUGGACGCGCUGGACUGUUUCAGGGACGCGGCUUCGGGCGUGUUUCUCGACGUCGCGUGGGCCAAACCGCCGGCGGACAAAAAGACGCAGCAGCGGAUGUUGCGUAACCGGGAACGCCGAGUACGGAAAUCCGCGGUCGCGGCUAUAAGUCAACCGGUUCGCUACGCUCCGCGGCCACUGGAACGCACUCUCGGAGCCAAAAGACGCGUCGGCUCCACACUCGCCGCUGCAGCCUACACCGAGUACGAUCAUCGCGGUUACGACUUCGGACUGCGGCAACCGUGCAACUGGUGCACGCCCGCCUCCACGUUGAGCAUUCCAGUGGCCGAAGCCACGUCCGACAAGCGCAACAACGAUAGUACACGCCGAUGCGGCGCGAACGAGUGCAAAAUGGUCCGUCACGACGAUGGAAGAAGGGUUGAACGAAAACGUCGGACAAGAAACUGUUGA